CUAACUGUUCCUUCUUACCUUUCUAAUGCCCAACCAACCAAUGGACAAAUCUGCUGCUAGUCGUAUCCAAUCUUCUCAAGCCAAAAACAACCAUGAUGUUGGUGCUGGUUCUUUUGCUGCCAGAGCUCAAAGCGCUGCUGAUACCAGAGCAAACACUCAAGGUACUCAAGGUCAAGCUAACACUGGUUCAAAGAACUUUACUUUUCAACUGACUCUUAUCACACCCAUCAUCAUGACCAAAGCAGACUCGAGUCGCAUUCAAUCUACUCAAACAAAAAACUACAGAUAUAUUGGCCCCGGUUCUUUUACUGUUAGAGUUCAAAGCACUGUUGAUACCAGAACAAACACUCAAGCUAAUCAAGGUAAUAAAGGUCAAACCAACACUGCUUUAAAAAAUUAG